AUGACCUUCAUCAGCAACGAUUUGGAGAAAUACCACGAGCAAUCCGACCACCCUGCUGGAGUCAACACAGCUUACAACCUCGACGAAAUCGGCCAGAUCAGCUGUGUCUUCAGCGACAAGACCGGGACCCUGACGGAGAACAUCAAGACGCUUCGGAGGCUCAGCAUCGCCGGAAUGACUUGGUCACACCGGAUGGAUAUUCCAGAAGGAUUGACAGAGAUUACCAGUUCGACUUCCGAUUUAACGACAGAGCACACGCUCGAAUACAACCUUACAGCCUUGCGUAGGACUCACCACAGAGUUAAGCAGGGUUCCAGAACGAUGUUCCACACUGAUUCUGGUGUUAUGUGCGCUGCUGCUGAUAAAUAUGGCCAGCAGAGCAUGGAGGCAAAGCUAUAUUCUUUAGGCGGUGUUGGUCCUCGAGCGACAAAGUGGAAGGCAUGGGAGGGGGUAUGA